AUGUCCAAAUGGUUCUCUUCCAAGCCAAUCUGGACCCGUCUCUUGCUUGCCCUUCGACUGUUGUUUGUUGUCGCCAUCUCCCUCAUCAGUGCCGGCGGCGUGGUCAAGGGAACCGCAGACUCAACGUCUCAAAUGCGUGUCGGGGAUGACCUCGUCAAGGCCGGCUAUGUCAUUCUCGCCACUAUCGUGGCGGCUCUCUUCGUGGUGGAAGUUGUGAUAUGGCGAGACCAUCCUGCCCUGUCAUUCAACAUUACUAUGACCAUUGCGGUGGCCGCGUUCGCGACAAUCUUGAUGGCCAUCCGCCUUGUCUACGGCCUCCUCAUGGUCUUCGAUCCGACAUCUCGCACUUGGCGCGGAGUGCAAGGUUCGACGGCUGCCUACGCUCUCAUGUCGCUACUGCCGGAAUACCUCGUAACCGUCAGCUUGACCGCGGUCGGAAUGAUGGUCGCGUCCACUUUGUAA